AUGAAGCUCCUCAUGCCAGCUACCCACAUAUUGCUCCUCUCUCUCUGCAUCCCGGGCACAGGGGCACGUGAAUACACCUCUGUCCUCACUGUGCCCAAUGGAGGGCACUGGGGCAAGUGGGGGAGUCAGCAAUUUUGUCGCUACGGCUAUGCCAAUGGAUUUGCGCUGAAGGUGGAGCCCUCCCAGUUUGGAAGAGAUGACACAGCUCUGAACGGCAUACGCCUGCAUUGUCAAGAUGACUCAGUUAUCGAGUCCUUGGUGGGGGAGUGGGGUACAUGGACCAGCUUCCAGGUUUGCCCUGGAGGCUACCUGAUCUCCUUCUCACUGAGAACAGAGAAGUCCCAAGGAGGAGGUGAUGAGACAGCAGCCAACAACAUCCAGUUCAGUUGCUCAGAUGCAACUGUGCUAGUAGGUGAUGGACUGUCGUGGGGUAGAUUUGGUCCAUGGAGCAGAAGCUGCAACAUAUGUGGUCUCCAGACCAAGGUAGAGCCCCCACAGGGGUUUCAGGAUGACACAGCACUCAACAAUGUGAGGUUCUUCUGCUGUAAAUGA